AUGCAAGAAGCUCCAUUAUUGGAAGGUGCAGGAUUAUCACAAGUACGAUGCCUCCUCCUUCUCCCUUUAAAUCCACAUUUCCCAGAACAAGGACCCCAAGAGCUCCAAGAAGUCCAACCACCAUCAAUGGGACAUGAAUUGUCAUGUUUUAAUCCAAGAUCACAAUAUAGGCUCUGCAUUGCAUUGACUGCAUCUGCGAUUACGUUCUCAAGGGAUGACACCGUAAACUGUAUUACUUUCAAUGUUAUUGAGAAUUUCAGCAAACAAAUAAGUCUAACCUUUGAUCACGAAUGUCUCAAUGAUAAAGUUAAACAAUUAAUCAUCGUCGAUGAAUAUUCACGAGGGAUAACAUUCUGUCUGUAUUUAAUAUUUAAUUUUUCCCUGUACCAUACAAAUAUGACUCUCAAUGCCUUAAAAGAAAUGGCAGGAGAAGUGGUUGAUAUCCACAUUACAGCUGAUAGCAACUUUCCUUCAUUAAUCAAUCUGAUGCGAUAUAGUGUGCAAGGUGGACCAACAGUUAGUGGUCGUGAUGAUCAUGACUAUCCAAAUUUAAAUGAAAUGUCAAUGUGUUUUUCAAAUAUAAAUCAAAUGAAAGCAUAUAGUAAGAUCUCAUUGCCAUCUGAAAUAAUGGAACAUUUUCGUCAUCUGAUGUUGCAUAUUUCGAUGGAUUAAAUGAGACUAUUAUAAGCGUAGGUUUAGUGAAACCCAAAGUGGGAGUAUUUCAGUCUUAUGUGAAAUAUCUGUUAAUUCUUACAACUACAGUGGAAAUAACUAUUCUUGGAGUUACAUUAACAGAAACCAGUGACGGUAUUUCACCAGAAAUGCAAUUGGUUCCUGAACCAAUUUUUACUGUCACUACAGAUGGCAUUGGUAUUACAACAAUAGCAAACACCAGUAGUGGAAGAAUUUUUCUUGGUGGUAGAAAUGGAUCUCUUUAUGAAAUAUAUUAUCAGGCAGAAAGUAGCUGGUUUGGGAAACGUUGUAAAAAAAUAAAUCACUCUGAAGGUCCAUUAUCAUUUUUAGUUCCAUCAUUUGUCACUAUAGCUUUGUCAGAGGAAGAAGCAAUAAUACAAAUUUCUGUUGAUGACUCGCGAAAUAUUUUAUACACACUUGGUGAUAAGGGAACCGUCACAGUUUGGGAUAUCGAUAAUAAUGGUGCAUCCAAAGUUGCAUCUUUGUCACAAGCUUCCUUAGUACAAAACGCUGUUCACGUUGUUAAAACACUGGAUAGUAAUAAUUUUCGACCAUUGGUGAGCAUAUCAGCGAUCACAGAGUCAGAAUCAGUACAUUUAAACUUGGUUGUAGUUGCAGCUACUGGAAUACGUUUUUACUUCAGUUGCACUUCAGUUGCUAAUCCGACAACCAGACCGCAAGGUCUGCAAUUAAUACAUGUCAGAUUACCACCGCGUUAUGCUGCUAAUGCUACAGUAAUGAGACCAAGAAAGGUACAAAUGGCACAUUAUAGAAAAGGAACAUUAAUUCUUGUUUGUGGCGGAGAUACAGAAACAGUUUUAUGUUUAAGUAACGAUGCUUAUCCAUUCACAAAUUAUUUAGCUGAAACUCAAAGUCUUUUAUCGCUCGAUAGUACGGUAUGGGCAAUGGCAGAAAUUCUUGUAGAACCAGCUAUACGUAUUGAAAAACAAAAUAUCACUCAAGAGGAGCCUCCUCUUCUCGUAAGGCAGCACAUGGAAGCACCUCGAAAAUUUAUCUUUUUAACUUCUCAGGGUGCUAUAAUUUAUGUUCAAGUUCGUCCAAUGGACAUAUUAAAGCAGCUUCUUUUAGAACAACGUGGCCCUGAUACUGAAGCUGUUCGUGCAUAUUUUCAAUCACAAUCAUUGGAGCAAGCAUGUGCAACUUGCCUUAUUUUAGCCACGCUUGAAAGUUCUCAGAAUGCCGAAGUGAUAUGCGCACAUCGACACCAAGAGCUCCAAACUAUGAUUUAAGACUUCAAGGAUUUCGACCUCAUGUGCCAGUUGGACAUAAUACGGAUUCUCUGCAACAGUUUUCUGCUAAACACAAUGGUUUAUAUCUGUAUGUAGGAAGAAUACUUCGACCAAUAUGGAACAUGCGUUGUAUUAAACAAGAAGUUAUAAAUAACAAAACUCAGACAUAAUACUACCAGAACAACUGAUGGAUUUGAGACAACUAUAUCUAGUCAUUACCAAGGACCAAUAGUUGAAGAAAGGAAUUCCUUAGCUGCAUUAAAAAUUUUCAUUACUCAUGCCUGUGAAGUGUUAGAACUUUGGAAAAUUUUAUGUGAAAACCACUUGAAUAAUAUUCUUUGCAAAGAAGUUGCUCCCAGAUUGAACUUAAGUGCAGUAUGCCAACAAUUUAUCGCUUGUCAAUUCUAUUCGGGUGUACUUGAAUUAUGUCUUUCUUGUGCGGAAAAAGUAGAUCCUAAUAACGCUGCCUUACACUAUUAUAAAAAUAAUGAACCAAUCGAAGAUCAAGAAGCUUACACGAAAAGAUUAGAGAUUUAUAAAGAAUUCAUUACACUACUGGAUCAUCUCUACAAUCAAAGUAUCUCUAAUCCAUUAACACCUACUAUACCCAGUAAACCUGGCCCUCCGCUACAAAAUGGAUCAACGAUGCCUGUUACACCAGCAAAGGAAAUAUUGCAUGACAUUAUAACUGAUGCAUUACACUCUAUGUGUGAAAUUCUUCAUGCUUUAGUGUAUGCUUGGAUGAUAGAAAGAAGGCUUCACGGAGAACUCGUUGCUCUAGCAGCACCUUCUUUAGAAGCGUAUCUUACUCGUGUCAAUGCACCAGACUUACUAUGGCAGUAUUAUGAAAAGAAUAAAAAUCAUGCUGCUGCGGCUAAAAUUUUAGAUGCUUUGGCGACCAAAGAAUCAAAUAUACCGUUAUCACAGAGAGUUGAAUAUUUAGCUCGAGCAGUGGUUUGUAUGAGAAGCGACCAAGCUGGAUACGCUCCAUAUCUUGGUAUAUUUUUACGUGAAUUAGAAGACAAGGUAGAAGUUGCUAGAAUACAACAACAGUUAUACGAAAAAUAUGCGGACCCUUUGCAGUUGUGGGAGUGCAAAUUAGCUAUAAUUCAUUGCUCUGGUCAUCAAGAUGCAAUGUUAAUUCAGGAAAUUUGGACUAAUAUAAUAAAUAACGAAUUAAAAGAUGCUUCAACGGCGGAAGAUAAAAUGACUAUUUUAAUGAGCAAAAUUAUAUCCUUAGGACAGGAAUAUUCGGGAUCACCUCACUGUUUCCCAGUUGAUUUCUUAGUAAAACAGUUAGAAAUAAAAGCAUGUAAAUUAAAUGUAUCAAAUACUGGAAUUAUAACUGGGUUUUUACAAUUAGGAGUAUCAAUGGAGGAUCUUUUAGACAUUUACAAAAUGAUUGGCAAAGAUACUCGAACUUGGCUAAACGAAGGGAACGAAUUUCACCUUAUCGAAUCGACUGCGAAUUUGGUUAAUCACUUUAUAUCUCAUUCAAACAUUACCAACACCUUCGUCAAACGAAAAAUAAUAACGAAGUGCCAGGACGUAAUUUCAAAGUGUUUAACUACAUUGUACAGCAAGCCUCAUGGACAAGAGUUGAUAACGAAACUUAGAUCGAUUCAAAACAUUCUGAUUCGUAUGUAAGAAGAAAUUUGUACUGUUUUUAUGAUGAACUAAUAUUUGAUAAAAUUAUAUACAAAUCAUGUUGAAAUGAAAAUUAAAACAUGCAAUGAAAAUAAACCGGUUUUUUUCUGCGAGAAUUAUAUCAAGAAAUAAAUGAACGUAAGGUGUAAAAUACGAGGUGUAAACCACAGAGCACAGGUACUCAAAUAUUUUUCAUCCACGUUAUAAGCAUUUCUCUUUCCAUUAAUAAAAUUCACGUGUUCCAAAAUAUCGUUCUUUUAUUCCGCAAAUUAUGCGAUAAAAAUUUUUCGUGUAAUUUAAAUUCCUAACAUCUACAGACUUUAAACAUUUUAUACAUUUUAUAUAUUUACAUAUUUAUUUACAGCGUGUUUUCUCACGCAUUUCCAAAGAAAAAACAAUCAUAAAUUGUGGUAUAAUAUAAUUUCAAUUUGAUUUCUGCAUCGACAGUUAACGUUAAAUUUUAUUACAACGUGAAGGUACGAAAUUCUCAUUUAAACUUCAAAGUAUGUACGUGGAUAUUUUCAACGUUAUAUCCUAUUAUUUUAUGCUACAAGUUUGUCAUUGAUGACCUUUUCAAAUCUUUGUACACUGACAAGUUACAUAUAAAUUGUAAGUCGAAGGCGAUUCCAGCGUUAACAUAAUACGUGGUGAAAAGGAUCAUUUUGUUUUACAGGUACGCUAUUUCUUUUUAUUUAGAGCUGGUGUAUUUGGUAACUGCUUUAGUACCUUCGCUUACUGCGUGCUUGGCUAAUUCGCCCGGCAAGAGAAGCCUCACGGCAGUUUGAAUCUCCCGGGAGGUGAUCGUGGAACGUUUGUUAUAAUGUGCCAAUCUCGAUGCCUCGGCGGCGAUACGCUCGAAAACAUCGUUGACAAAGCUAUUCAUGAUACUCAUCGCUUUGCUAGAUAUGCCGGUGUCAGGGUGCACCUGUUUGAGUACUUUGUAAAUGUAGAAAGCAUAGCUCUCCUUCCUCCUCCUCUUUUUUUUCUUGUCGGCCUUGCUGAUGUUCUGGGCCUUGCCGAUGUUCCGGGCCUUGCCAGCUUUCUUCACAACUUUUCCACUUACUUUCGGUGGCAUGUUUUUGUUAACGAGUGUAAAUCGUUGGAAAGAGAAAUCAAAGACAAAUUUCGAAGAUCACUGCCAAUGUUCAACUGUCGCGAAGGUCGAUUGACAAAUGUUGCCAGGAGAGGGUCACCUUUCACUUAUAUAUCUGAACGAGGCAGCAGCGAUCCACCAAUUGGAACGUUCCAGUUAACGUUAAAUUUUAUUACAGCGUGAAGGUGCGAAAUUCUCAUUUAAACUUCAAAGUAUGUACGUGGAUAUUUUCAACGUUAUAUCCUAUUAUUUUAUGCUACAAGUUUGUCAUUGAUGACCUUUUCAAAUCUUUGUACACUGACAAGUUACAUAUAAAUUGCAAGUCGAAGGAGAUUCCAGCGUUAACAUAAUACGUGGUAAAAAAAAUUUUGUUUUACAGGCAAGCUGUUUCUUCUUAUUUAGAGCUGGUGUAUUUGGUAACUGCUUUAGUACCUUCACUUACUGCGUGCUUGGCUAAUUCGCCCGGCAAAAGAAGCCUCACGGCAGUUUGAAUCUCCCGGGAGGUGAUCGUGGAACGUUUGUUAUAAUGUGCCAAUCUCGAUGCCUCGGCGGCGAUACGCUCGAAAAUAUCGUUGACAAAGCUAUUCAUGAUACUCAUUGCUUUGCUAGAAAUGCCGGUGUCAGGGUGCACCUGUUUGAGCACUUUGUAAAUGUAGAUAGCAUAGCUCUCCUUCCUUCUCCUCUUUUUUUUCUUGUCGGCUUUGAUGUUUUUCUGGGCCUUGCCGGCUUUCUUCACAGCUUUUACAUUUACUUUCGGUGACAUGUUUUUGUUAACGAGUGUAAAUCGUUAGAAAGAAAAAUCAAAGACGACAACUGAAAGACAAAAGAUCACUGCCAACGUUCAACCGUCGCAAAGGUCGGUUGACAAAUGUUGCCAGGAGAGCGUCAUCUUUCACUUAUAUAUGUGAACGAGGCAGCAACGAUCCACCAAUUGGAACGUUC